AAAGUUGUGUGUCAACUGGAGCGACAGUGGCGCACAUACCCAUCUGUGUAUUAUUUAGUUGCUAGGUGAGAAGUGGUGGCGCUCGGGUGCAACACCUACCAGUGUAUUAUUAGUUGGUGAAUGUGCAUAGACGGCGCUCAUAGUGUGGCUACUAUCGCUCGUCCAGUACUUCUAGAUAGAAUAGUAUAGUUCUGUGGCUGAUGCAAACAUUGUAAACUUACUCUACCCCUCUUGAUUCUUAUACUUCAUGCACUGUUCAUUGUUCACUGUUAAAAUUUUAAUUUUAACUAAUUUAGUUAACCUUAAUAACCCUCCCGAAUUGUAGAAGAAAUAGAACCAAACCGUCAACUUCAUAAUAAUGGAGGAGGAGACGGGUGGUGGUUUAAAUCCACUGCUUGUUCCACUGAUUGCUCAGCAAGUAUUUCUAUAUCUUGGACCAAGAGAUGUGGCGAAAUGUCGGGCCGUUUGUUCAACCUGGUGCUCAAUUGCGACUCCAAUGUUUAUUUGUUCGCUUGACGAGAUUCAAGUUAGAUUUCGAGGAAAUACUGAACAUGGACCAAAGGAAUUGGAGACUAUUGGAUCGACAGACCUUUCACAAAUAUUCAGCCAUGGUCAGGGCACUGGAGAAGAACCUAAGCUGUCCCCUUUCUCCAAAUAUUGCGAUUCAACAAAGUCAAUUAAGUACACCAACUUCUCCAUGGAAAAUAUCGACUUGACGGAUCAUGACGCGCACGAGUUCUUUCUCCGAUUCGGACAAGAUAUUAAAAUUCUGCGAUUGCAUAUUGAGCCCCUGAAAAUUCCAAGAACUGCAGACAAUUCCAGUAGUGUCAUAUCUUCUCGCUACGUGGACAAUGAGACGUUCAAAAGUAUUUUGCUGGCCCGUUGCCCCAACCUCGUUAAACUUGACAUUAGCAACCUUCCGUUGAGGGCGACCUACGGUGAUGUGCUUGAACCUGGUGCGGAGAUCGCGAAUCAUCCCAAAACUAAUUUGCAACACCUUAGUUUGAAUUGCCUCAUCUGUACGCCAGGGUUUAUUCGGUACUUGUGUCUUAUAUCGCCUAACCUCCACACCGUUGAGUUUCUGGAGGGACACAAUCGUCAUCUGAAUCAUCCCUGGCUUGACUAUAUCGAGACCUUAUCGACGUCCCGCAGACUUCCAGGAAUUACCUCCCUCUCGAUAAAUCAUCUUAACGAUGGAAGGAUUAGUAAAUUUCUACUUUACAAGGACCAGAUCCACCUCAAGAAAUUAGUUGUACAAAGAUUCAACCCCGUCAAUGUAGAAUUAGAGUUUUUCCAGCUACUUGAAACGCAAUCCGGCACACUGCAGUAUUUUGAAAUUUUCUUUCAUUCGGAUGGCGACAAUGGAGUGGGAAUAUCUCCAAUCAUUUUUCCACGUAUGGAAAAUUUGACAGAUUUGGUGAUCGGACUGGAACAAGGUUCGUCAUUGGAAUUGCCAGGUUUUAAUAUAGUCAACAUGAGCAUCGCCCCCAAGUUCCCAUCCUUGAGGAGAUGUAUUUUACACGGUUAUAAACUAGUCGAGCACAUUAGUGCAUUGUUUGGUCCAAUGUCUAAGCCCCUCCUGACCUUGAGGGAGCUACAGUUGCCUCCCGGUUUGGACAAGGAUAUGAUGAGAAAAGUGGCGAAUCUUUUUCCCAACGUGGAAACUUUAGCGGUUGGAUGUCAAUCUGAUGCCUCGUUCCAAAACGUGUUCAAGAUGUCAAAACUGAAGUCAUUGUUCAUGUGUGUACAGCCUGGAUACGUUAAUCGAACAAAGUAUUCAUUAGAGUUUCGUGGAUUAGACGCCCUCUUAACAGGAUGCAGUUCUGAGGAGAUAGCUGAAACUGCUGGUGACGAUAAGGUUUCAAUGAAUCCUGCAAUAACUGAUUUGCAAGAUUUAAGAACAUUGGUGAUUCAUGGUCGUCACAGGCUUGGCGUUGGGAUGGGUUCAGAUUGUGAGGUUCAUGAUAAAAUAAGUGAUAAUUCCAUUCGUGUCCUUCAUAAACUGGGGAGACUGAGCAGCAUUCACAUUUUCGACUGCAAAGUGACAAGCGAGGAAGUAUCAUAUCUAGCGACGAGACUAGACCUGAACAAUAAUUCUAAUGUUGCCGGACUGGAGGUCCAUCUUGGAGAGGAAAUUGAUGACAAAUAUACUCCUUGUCCGAUGUGCAAAGUACAUGGAAUAAGCAUCUAGAAUGGUGACAAGUGACCAAUAUUAUUGAAAAAUGUGGUUAAAAUAAUGGUUUAUAAAUGGUUCUGUUUCACGGGGAUAAUUAUGUUGGCGUUUUUAUGAAUAUUGUCAGAGUUAAACAAACUUUGUACUGAAAAACGAUACAAAUUUACAAAGAUACAAAUUUUAAGGAAUAUGUUAGCAACUUUUGAAUUUUGACACUGAAAUAAAUUUCUGUAAUUGAUAAAAUACGAAAAAUAGACAAAUUCCGCAAGGUAACCUUUCAGAAUUUCUAGGGCCACAUUUUUCUCGGAUGAACAGUAAUUUGCAUUUGUAUGAAUAGCUCGUUCUUUAUAAGCUCAUAAAUAAUACCUCGAGAACCACAAGCUUACAACACGUGGUAAUAAGUUAUUAAUGGUUUUGAACAAAAUUGUAAUUUCAUUUAUAUUAUUAUGUAUAUAAAGCUCGUUGGUUUU